AUGGACUAUGGAAGACUUCGGGCCGCUGCCCUUCGGGACGGCGAGGACGAGGAAGCAGUUACUGUCGACACCCGAGCUCUAAUCGACAAAGUUCUUGCCAGAUACUCGGGAGAAUGGACCACGUUGCGAGAGCUGAUCCAAAACGCUGCCGACGCCCAGGCUACCACCGUCAAAAUCAAGUGGGAAACCCUGCCCUCGACCCAGAUACCCCUCCCAACCACGACGGACCGAUCCGAGAUACUGAAGCAUAUCAUCGCGAACCAUACACUACGCCGACUCGUCGUCCAAAAUAAUGGCACGCCAUUCACCAAGACCGACUGGGGCCGGCUCAAGCGAAUCGCCGAGGGUAACCCAGAUGAAACCAAGAUCGGUGCUUUCGGUGUCGGAUUCUACAGUGUCUUCGCAGACUGCGAGGAGCCCUUCGUCAGCUCGGGCAACGAGGCCAUGGCAUUCUACUGGAAGGGGAACGCCCUCUUCACGAGGAAGCUACAACUGCCCGAGGACCAGUGUACCUUGGAUACAGCCUUCGUCCUUGACUACAGAAACGCCACAACAACACUGCCGAACUUGCUGUCUGUCAGCCAGUUCCUAGCGACAAGUCUGACCUUUGUGGCAUUGCAGCACAUAGAGUUCUGGAUUGAUAACUACCAGAUCCUCUCCUUACAAAAGAAGGCCAGUCCGAGUGUUGAUGUUGCUCUUUCAAGAGAUAUUGAGACUACGACCAAGGAGCGUAUAAUGAAAGUGCAAAGUGUCGAUCGCUCCAGUGCACAAAUCGAUGUCACCUUCAUGAGUGCCGUGGGGUGGAAGCCGAAGGUGGCAACAGCGCAAGCGUACGGAAUGGGCAACUCAGAGGUACCCUCGCUACGAAGCUUCUUCUCCAGGUUAACCGCGGCUACAUCGAAGCAAGUCAAGGCAAUAAAGGAAGAGAAAGCCGCCCAGGAAGCGAUCUCUGAAGACAUCACGGCCUUGUCAACAUCCAAGAUCUUCCUUCGAGUGACGACUGCUGCCAUCAAGACGUCUGUGACUGGGAACUUUGCGGCAGAGUUGGAAAGAGCCACGAAGAAACCCCCACCGAAGAUUGCAAAGUUGUCCAUCUUGACGUCUUCAUAUGACGAAACCGAAGCCUCAAAGAGCACACAGACAUCCACACCGGCUUCUAAAGCUACCAAUGUGUUCUCAUCCGUGCUUCCAAGCAAGAAGGGCGGUCGAAUCUUCAUUGGAUUUCCGACAACUCAGACCACUGGUGCUGGCAUGCAUAUAUCCGCUCCCUCAGUUAUCCCAACCGUCGAGCGUGAAGCCAUCGAUCUAAACGCGAGAUGGGUUCGGACGUGGAACACCGAGAUGCUGCGUGCAGCAGGCAUCAUGACACGGCUGGCUUUCGCCAACGAAAUGGCCGAGCUACAGCUGAAGCUUGAAAGAGCAGCUGGGAGCGCAGGCACUGUGUUAACUUCGAAGGAGACCGCCAAGUACAUACCCGAAGCGUUGCACUUAUUGAAAGCCUUCACCUUUGGAGACUCAACGCCGAGUGGUCAUGUCUCGCAAAUCAUCGAGGAAGCAUUCUGGACGUCGUAUAAGAAGCCAUUCGUAGAGAUAUACAGCAGCCGGGGCGUACUCCCGACUACCAAGGUUCGCCUUGGAUCACAAGAACUUGCGAAAUUUGUCGAUGGCAUCCCAGUCAUCCCAGCCGAAUUGGAAGAAACUGGCUUUGUUCUCAAGCUGAAGGAGUUCGACCUACUGUCACAUAUUACUGUGGAUGAUGUGCGUGCAGAGCUGUCUGGGAAGCCACUGAAUGAAGCUCAGCUCAUCAGCUUUAUCCAGUGGGCUGGUAAGAAGGCGGUUCAGGGUGAGCUUGAUCCCCCAAGCAGGGACCGUCUUCUCGAUGUUGCAGUCGCAAUAGUAAGCAAGGACAACAAAGAACCUGGUGAUAUCAUCGCACUGGGCAGUAUCACAAACUUCGUAACGACGCAAAAAAUACCCCCUGGCCUGCCAAUCCCUCCGACCACGAUACCCUUCGAGUUCACCAAGAAUUGCAACAUCCAGGAGUUGCAAGCGCUGGGCUGGACCUUCUUGGACAUUGCACCAUGGCUCAAAUUCCUGAUCGAAACACGAGCGAACAGGGCGGACGAGCAGAACAUGACCAAGUCGCCCGAGUUCGCAACCCGAAUUCUGUCUGUCAUAUCAAAAGGUUGGGACAGUCUGAGCGUGGGCUCCAAGAACACCAUCACGUCCUUGCUCCAGAACCACUCCGUCAUACCCACCAGAAUGGGUAUGAGGAAGCCAACUGAGUCGUACUUCCCAAACGUGAAGUUGUUUGAUGAUCUUCCGACAAUUGAAUGCUCGGCGCUCAAGGAGAAGUUUCUCUCUGCAAUCGGCGUGAGGAAAACCGUCGACCUCGAGACGAUUUUUACACGCCUGUUGAACCCCUCUCCAGGUGCUGAGGAUUCUGGGAAAGCGAGAUGGAGUCAUGUCGAACUGAUCAAAUACCUGGCGUCCGUUCGAGCCGAUAUUCCUGCCGAUGAUCUAAAAAAGCUUAAACAAUCCCGAAUAUGCCCUGCCGAGGCGGGACCGCCGGGCAAAGAGUCGAGUCAAGCAACCUCACAGCUGUACAAGGUGUCUGAACUUUACGAGCCCAAAGGCCCCCUUCGGUCCCUUCGUCUCGGGAUCCUUCAGUGGCCAAGCGAAGGCCUGAGACCUGGCUCAGCAGAAGGCAAGUUCUUGGCUGCUCUUGGUCUUCAGCCUUACCCAAGCGCUCCCGAACUCUUGGAAAUGAUGUCCUCUUCAGAUGAGACAUUGCGUGAGAGCGCCAUGAACUACUUCGUUACUUACCAUGAGACGAAUCAUUAUGGUUCGUACACCACUGGGCAAAGCUCUAACUUAUUCCUGCCUAUCGAGGGAAGAGCAAAACAGCUUGUUUGCCCAUCUAAUUGCUACACAAAUCAAGCCGCUGCUGUCUUAGGAUUCAACAUUCUAAAGAAAGAUUUGCAUGCCCACGCCAACAAAUUCGGAGUAUCCGUGAACCCGCCUAUUAUGGAAUGUGUGGAGCGUCUCAUCGGUAAGCCUCCAGCAGAUCAGCGUGAGGCAGUUGCGGUCUUUGGGUACCUCGCUAGUCGCGUAUCCGACUUGAAAACAACUUCGAUCACGAGGCUCGGCGAUUCCCCAAUCGUGCCUGUCACAAGAACAAAGCGACUAUCGAGCUCUCAGUCACCGGGGAUCGUUGACCGGAAGGCUCCGCUCACCAUCCACCUUAGCCCUCGCCAUUGCUAUCUUGGAAGUGCAUCGAUGUAUGGAGACAUCUUUGACUUUGUGGACUUUGGCCAAACCGCGAAUGUCUUCUUGAGUGCUUGUGGAUCGAAGAACGAACCUACCAAGCUAGAGAUUGCCCAACUAGCCGCUGGGGAGCCAGCGAGGCUUUUGAGCGUACUCCAGAGCCCGGACAAAUACCUGAAUCUCCUGCGGUUCCUGGCAGAGGACAUGUCAACACUCAAGAGAGACAAGGACUUGUGGAAGAAAAUGAAAUCUUCUCCGUUCCUACUAGCGUUCAAGGAGAUCAGCAAUCCAUCUAAGGAGAAAGCGCCCGAGAAUGAUGACGAAGAAACCGUCAGGACGUACCAGCUCGCUGCUCCUUCGAAUAUCGUGAUUCUAGACGACUUUAUAAGCUACCGACUGUUCAAGGAUCACUUGAUGUGUGCCCCCGAGGAAGAUUUGCUUGAGGCAUUCUACCUCGCUCUUGGCACUCCGUCUCUUAGCGCUACUGUCCAGGAGGAUCUCAGGAUUGGACCGCACAGCGAAAAGCAAGAAGGCGCUAUGUGGCUCCAGAAGCACGUUCUGGAGCGGUCAAAACUCUUCAUACACGAAUACAGCAGGUACUCGCGCGACGCUAUCAAACAUGAUGCAAAAUGGCUCGAGAAGAACUUGACCGUGCAGGUCGUGCGGUCUGUGGCGCUCCGUCGGUCACUGCGGACUAAUAGCCAGUCUCACACGGAGAAGCGGUCGGCUGCGUGUCAACAAGGCAGGAAUGGAUGGGUGCUGUAUGUGGCAUCCGAAUCCGAUCGUCCUGACAUGUACCAAGUUGGCCAAGCCGUCUGCCAACUCAUCCUCAACCGGCCAAGUCAGCAGGCUUAUUUCUUCUUUGAGCCAUUCCUCAAGCUGGAUCUUCUGGACUUGCGAGCUCGUGGGUACAAUGUUGACCGUAUCCUACGAGCAAAAGCUGCAGAAGCGAGAAUAGCAGACGAAGAAAGACGGAAGGCACUUGAUGCCGAGCAAGCCAGAAUCAGAGAACAGGAACAAGAGUUCAGAAGGCAGAACCAGGCUACUGCAUCUGCGGCGAGAGAACAGAAUAGCACUCCACCUCCCCGGAUGCCAGGUGGCUUUGACUCGCCUGAUGAUAACGCAGCUGGUCCAUCAUCGCUGUUGCCGCCAUCCCCGCAGAACAAGAGAGGCAGAGGCUUGUUCUCCAAUCUUUCUAAGCGUUUUGGCUUUGAAUCUACCGACGAUGUAGAGCAGAAGUUGAGAAAUUUCAUGGGUUCCACGCCCGAUCCAGCUCCUCUCCCUCCUGCCGAGUCAUCGUCUGGCUCUGGAAAACCUGGCAAGAAAGGGGAAGACGGCCAGGUCACCAAUCCUGCGAUUGUCCAGCAGAAUCUCCUCAAUGCCAUCAAAUCGACUCGAGCACAUGACUCAUCGCAUCUCUUCUCUCCUCCUACGACGCAGGAUGUAAAGGAACAGGCAACGUACUGUGACGAUACCGCAGGGAAGGACCUCACGUUUGUUGCGGAAGCCUCGAACGGCAUCCGAGUGUUCGUGUCCAAUGCCGUCACAAACUUCGACGCUGGGCUCUUCUUGUCAUCAAACCAUGGCGCGAUCAACGCAUUUGCCUCGUUACUGAAAGAAGUCGGUGAUGUAUACGCGAUUAAGAAGUCGGCACUACACAUCUUCUACGACGAGUCCGGCGGCACGAUCGCCUUCAACCGGGACGGAAGCAUCUUCGGUAAUCUGCGCUUCUACCUUCAGCUCCACGCGGAGCAGACGACGGGAGACGGCAAGGCGGCUGCGUCUGUGUGGUGGUGGGUUGUACUGGCUCACGAGCUUGCUCACAACAUCAUCAAACCGCACAACUCUGACCACAGCUACUAUACCGAGUCGUUUAUCCAACAGUACUUCCAGAAGAUGAUGCUGAAGGUGGCACAGCUCGUUAGUAGUGGUGCGCCUUCCGCAUCAAACCAGGCGGCACCACCCCCCUUGCCGUCUAGCAGCAGGGCAGAUACUGCAGGGCCCGCCGGAGCCCCUCCGCCGCCGUAUAGAGAGCAUUAA